AUGGAUCACCGUGAAACCCUUGAAAGACAACAAUUCGAAUUAAAUUUAAAGGAAUCCAGAAAAAGGACAGAAUUACAACGAGAAUUGGAAGCAAAAGAGGAUGAAAUGGAGGAAAUGAGAAUUCAAUUUCAACGUAAAAUUCGAAAUCUUGAAUCGAAUUUGGACGAUGCUCAACUUGAAAUUUCGUCUCUGCUUAAACAGAAAAAAGCAGCAUGGCAACGCAAUAGUCAAUCUGUUUCAAUGAAUGGGUCUUUGUUGGAUUUGGCUCAAAAGUAA